AUGGUCCGAGUAACCGAAGAACUAAUUCGAAAACGUGCAGAACACAAUGAGGGUGAGAUAUUCUCCCUAGAAGAGCUCUCAUUGCAUCAACAAAAUUUGGAACGAAUCGAGUACAUAGACAAAUGGUGCCGUCAGUUGAAAAUUCUCUAUCUACAAAACAAUCUGAUUCCCCGUAUUGGAUGUGAAUCGCUUAAAAAACUAGACUUGACGGUGAAUUUCAUUGGUGAAUUGACAAGNCUCUAUGCACUGGAAGAGCUGUUUCUUACGGGCAAUCCGUGCACGGAAUAUCCUCACUACAGAGAGUAUGUAGUAGCCACUCUUCCCCAAUUACAGGUAGUUUUUUGGUUGAAUGUGCGAAUUUUGUAUCAGCAGCUAGACGGUGUGGAAAUCACCAAAUCUGAACGAAUUUUGGCAUUACAAAUCCUGGAACGAAUUCGUCCACUUAUUGUGACUAAACAAAAGGCUCACGCAAAACGUCGAAUUGAAGAAAAAAAUGAAGCUGAGAAAAGGCGUCAGAUACAUCAAGAAAGGAUCGCUGCCAGUCAUGGUGACAUUGAUCCAGUCGUUAGUGAAUUUUGGAAGGAAAAGGUCCCAUUUACACCCGAAUCCCGGAUAGAGACACAUGAAUACAUGGAACUCCAAGAAAAAGCCAGAAACAAGAAAACGAACAAGACUGAUGAUUUGAAACCGAAACGACCUGCCCUCCGAUUGUUUGCCGAUGAUGGAAGACCGUUCAAUGUGAAUGAACCAAAACACAUGGAUACCGCGUUGAUUGACUGUGACGUCCAACCAAAUUAUAUUCGAGUCACAUUACGUGGCAAAGUACUACAGCUAGCCCUUCCGGAAGAAGUACAGGCUGACAAGUCGCAUGCUAAACGCUCUCAAACCACUGGUCAUCUGCUUGUUACUAUGCCAAAGGUAAACGUCAAAAGGGCAUGGAUUGUGAAGUUGUAA